AUGGCACAGUUGAAAGAAUACAACGUGACCCUGAAGAGGUUUGCCAAGUAUUUCCUACACCAGUCCCACGAGGAGCAGGAGCAUGCUGGGAAGCUGAUGAAACUACAGAAACAACACGGUGGCCACAUCUUCCUGCAAGACAUCAAGAAACCAGACCAUGAUGACUGGGAGAGUAGACUCAACACAAUGGAGUGUGCUCUAUACUUGGAAAAAAAUGUCAAUCAGUCAUUACUGGAACUGCACAAGCUGGCAACAAACAAAAAUGACCCCUAUUUAUGUGAUUUCAUCAAAACUCACCACCAGGGCAAACUGAUCUCAAAAGCCCAUGGUGAUGUGUCUACCUUUACUAUUCAGCCAGUUGAAACAGACUUUAGCAAUGCAUUCACUGAGAUGGCAUAA